UGUUGUUUACAGGAAGUUGUGACCACUUACAGUGUUUCAAGAGCUAUGAUUUUGAAUAUGCUGUUGACUGACAGUACGUUUUAUGAGUGCACACAGGGGAGAGAUAAACUCAUGUGGGAUAUGCGCAACAUGUUGGUGAAGCGGUGUCACUUGGAGGAGGAAAGUCGGUUCUCUCCUGUAAUCCACGCCAUUGCCAAGGACACACCAGGGGCUGAGGAAAUGGUCCUGCACAAUGCAGCAAAGCGCUUUGAGAAAGAUGCGAUAGUCUCUCAGCUUCUUGCCAGGUACCACUACCUGAAAAAGAAGGAUUUCAUGCUAGCAAAAGAGUGGGCUAGGAAAGCCAAAGAGAUUUCCCCAAAAAGCUCCUACAUGUCUGACACAUGUGCACAAGUCAUUAAGCAUGAGCUGAAGCAUGCUAUUGUGCGUAGCAAAGACAAAGAUCCUAUGACACCAGAAAAACUCAGGGAUUGUCUUAAAAUGGCAAGAUCUGCACGAGAUGCCUUCAGAGAAACCCAAAAUAUCGCCAAGAGGGAGAUUGCACUCAGAGCCAAAGUGCGGAGAGAUAACACCCCUUACAAUAUAGCAGGUUGCCUUGGAGAAAUCAACAUUGCUGUGACCAUCUUGGACAUUUUGGAAAAGGUCCCUGUUUUUUCUUCAUCUAAUGCUGCACAACACAGUAUCAUGGAACGGGUCCUGUCUGGAAAAAUAAAAAUCCAGGAUGUUGGCAGGAAUGACAAGAAGCAAAAACAUGCAGAGUAUUAUCAGGUGCUUGAAGAGUUUGGUGAACUUAUUUGUAACCUUAAGAGCACAAUGAAAAAUCUCUUCAAUUUCCUGGAUGCCUUCUUUGUUGACCUGGGGCCACGAUACUCCCAGAGAGACAAACAAAAGGAAAGAACCGCAAAAGAGCUUUCUGAAUGUUUCCGUCGCUACGUUGUACUUUUCUGCAAUUCAGAUGCCACUGAAUUUUGGAUGUUCAAGAACCUGAACACCAUGGCAAAGAUUCAUGAGGGUUGGAAAUUUCUGGAGUUGCACAAAGCUGACACUCAUUUUGGGCUCCUUGACAGCCUCUCAAACAAGACCUCCGGUGAAACAAUGGAGGAUAUUGUGAGGACGUAUGAAUUCAAUCAGAAAACAUCUCAGAUGGCCAGGAUUGUGAAAAUCAAAGUGAAUUACAUCUAUGCUAAUAUUGUGCUUGCAGCCAUCAAACCAGCAUCUAAAUGCAUAUUGCCGUACAGAGAACUCCUGAAUUUACUGUGUGAGGUUCUUAGGGAUUGCAUCCCACACGAGGACAGCAGGGCUUUGCACUUCAUUGCAGUCGCUCUUUUGUGGCCAGGGUCAAAUCCUCUUGCAGUAGCUGAAAGUUUUUGCCAGCAAUAAGAAGUUAUGUCUCUCAGCUGAGGACCUCAUUCUGGCAUGAGAUGGGAUCUGUUUGGCAUGCCAAGAAACCUGUGGUCCAUUUCUACUUGGGAAAGAGGCAUAGCUACGGUCGUCUGGUCAGCCGUGCAGAUGUAGAGAAGUUUGCUGGCGCACAGUCUGGCUGCCUGGGAGAAAGUGAAACAUGGAAGCAUGGGAAAAUCCAGGACCUUCUCUUCAGAGCAUACGGCAUGGUGCAGAGAAAGACGAUUUUAGCAGACACACCGAACCCAGAUGUAAAAAUUGAGGUCAAUCCAGUGUACAAAAGCCAGUUGUGUGGAGGGGAACACAGGAGGGUGUCCUUCUUCAUUGGCUUCUCUAUGCACGGCCCACUAGCAUUCGACAUAAAGUUUCUCUAAACCGUCAGGUUUAUUAUUGCAGGUUCAUGGCGGUUUUCUUCCCAACCGAAUGAAACUAGCCUUAACCAGCCUGAAUCACAAGACCACGAAAGAAAGGUUUGGAAUCUUCUGAGUCACUCCUCCUGAAAGACUUCCCAUCGCUAUUGCGGAGAGGUUGUGGCACCUUUUGAUAUUUUGAUGUUGCCACUUGAUAUGUUUAUUCAUUUUCAUGACCGCACUGAAAUGUUUUCUGUCACGGCACUGAAUACGAGGUGACUAGCUGUCCCCAUCUCUGCAUGGCUGCUUAUCACCGGAUCGCUGUCUCUGGAUUUCCUUAAUGAUAAUGUUAUAUGAUUAUAUGAAUGGCUUUACAAAGAUGGGUUAUCCGACUUGUGGUAUUUGCUUUUAUGACUAUACAAAUUGUUUUUUGUUUGGCUAACACUUCUGUGUUUUGAUGUUGUAACACUUUUGUAUUCUUGAGACUAACACUGAUGUUCUCUAGUACUGUUAGUAGUUUCAUGUAACCGCAUCUGCUAAGUGACUUUAAUGUAAUGCAUACCGUGGUGUUUUUAUGGUUUUAAGUUUUUGAUGUUACAGCUUGUUACAUACGUACACUACAUGGCCAAAAUUAUGCGACACCUGACAUACAACAUCUCAUUCAAAAUUAUGGGCAUUAAUAUGGUGUCGGUCCACCCUUUGCUGCUGUAACAACCUCCACUCUUCUGAGAAGGCUUUAUACUGGACGUUGGAGCACUGCUGCAGGGAUUUGCCUCCAUGCAGCCAGAAGAGCAUUAGUGAGGUUGGGCACUGAUUGGGCGAUUAAGCCUGGCUGGUAGUUGGCUUUCCAAUGGAUCCCAAAUGUGUUGGAUGGGGUUGAGGUCAGGGCUUUGUGUAAGCCAGUCAAGUUUUUCCACAUUGUGCACAACAGAAUAAUUUCUGUAUGGACCUCGCAUUGUCAGGCUGAGACUAGAAAGGGCCUUCCCAAAACUAAAAUGUGACUGUAUGCUGGUAGCGUUAAGAUUUUUCCUUCACUGGAACUAUGGGGCCUAGCCCAAAACAUGAAAAACAGCCCCAGACAAGUGGUGUCCAGAUACUUUUGGUCAUGUAGUGUAUAUAAUGUGUAUGUAUGCCAGAUGUGUAUUUUGCCUCUUUGUUAGCACUGCUAACUUAAUUAGUGCUUUAGUGAUGUCGCAGACUAGCGUAGGAUUCUUUUUUUUGUCUGGGUCUGGAUUUAUAUGAGAUGAAUGCACUGAAUGUUCUCUUAUACUGUAAGUGGAUCUGGAUAAAAAACAUUUGCUGAAUGAACUGAAUGUACCUGGAAUAAUGAAAAGACUGCUGUUUUCAUAAGAGACCAUUUUUAGAAUCAGUUUGCAAAUUUUGGUUCUUUCGAUUUUUUUUUUUUUUUUUUGCUGAAAUAUACAUUCAUUUAACAGUAAUAUAUAAUUCUGUAAGCGUUGUACUGCACACGUUGCAGAUUUUAAAUUGGUACUCUUGCAGUUCACUGUUUGUUAAAAUAAAAUUAUGUGUAAUUAAGUUACUAAAUGCAUUAUGUGUAAUUAA